UGCGUUCCCAAAAGGCUCCGGGCACUUCCGGUCUCGGCUUGGCGGGAGCGGAAGUGGCGCUGCCCGGCUCCGUGUGCGCUCGCACCGUCCCGGUGGCGGCGGAGCUGGAGCGGUGUCUGUGCCACUCCCAGGAGCUGCUCACUGACUGCAGCUUUUUGCUCUUCCCUUCCCCAAAGCUGGACAGGACGGUGGUGGGCAAAGCCAGCAGACAGGCAGCGAGAUGGCGACGGGUGCAGAUGUGCGGGACAUCCUGGAGCUGGGGGGUGUGGAGUCUGAGAACACGGGAACCAUCAACAAGAAGGAUAUCAUCAACUCAGAUAAGAAAAAAUCCAAGAAAUCUUCAGAGACGUUGACGUUUAAGAGACCAGAAGGAAUGCACAGAGAAGUUUAUGCACUCCUCUACUCUGACAAAAAGGAUGCGCCUCCGCUGCUGCCGAGUGAUACGACUCAGGGUUAUCGAACAGUCAAAGCAAAGCUGGGGUCCAAGAAGGUCCGGCCUUGGAAGUGGAUGCCCUUCACCAACCCAGCAAGAAAAGAUGGAGCUAUGUUUUACCACUGGAGGAGAGCAGCAGAGGAGGGAAAGGACUACCCGUUUGCCAGGUUCAAUAAAACAGUGCAGGUACCAGUCUACUCAGAGCAAGAGUACCAGAUGUAUCUCCAUGAUGAUGCGUGGACCAAAGCAGAGACAGACCACCUCUUCGACUUGGCUCGACGUUUCGACUUGCGCUUCGUGGUGAUUCAUGACCGCUAUGAUCACCAGCAGUUUAAGAAAAGAUCGGUGGAAGACCUGAAGGAACGGUAUUAUUACAUCUGUGCCAAGCUGGCUAAUAUUCGUGCAGCUCCAGGCACAGACCUGAAAAUCCCAGUCUUUGACGCUGGCCAUGAGAGGAGGAGGAAGGAACAACUGGAAAGGCUGUACAAUAGGACACCAGAACAGGUGGCAGAAGAAGAAUAUCUCAUUCAGGAGCUCCGCAAAAUCGAAACCAGAAAGAAGGAGAGAGAGAAGAGAACACAAGAUCUGCAGAAACUCAUCACAGCCGCUGACACCACCACUGAACAGAGACGCGCUGAACGCAAGGCUCCCAAGAAGAAGCUGCCGCAGAAGAAAGAGACAGAGAAGCCUGCCGUUCCUGAGACUGCUGGCAUCAAGUUUCCUGACUUCAAAUCUGCAGGUGUCACGCUGCGAAGCCAGAGGAUGAAACUGCCAAGCUCGGUGGGACAGAAGAAGAUUAAAGCCCUGGAGCAGAUGCUGAUGGAACUCGGAGUAGAUCUCAACCCUAUGCCCACUGAGGAGAUUGUGCAGAUGUUCAACGAGCUGCGGAGUGACCUGGUACUGCUGUAUGAGUUGAAGCAAGCCUUCGCCAACUGUGAAUAUGAGCUGCAGAUGUUACGGCAUCGCUAUGAGGCCCUGGCCAAAGCUGGCACUAUUGGCCCCCUCAGUGUGGAAGGCACCCAUCCGGAUGGCCAGACGGUGCUCGGCAUCGAGGAGGGCAAGGGAGAUGCCAAGGACCAGAUCAUUGACGUAGUAGGAGCACCACUGACCCCCAACUCGGUGAGAAGGAAGGUUGUGGGGGCAGAACAGGGAGCGCUCAGGUCUCCGACGCAGAUGCCAUGACAAGUGCUGGGGAUGCUGCCCUGCUCUCCCUCCAGGCGUGCGUGUCCAAGGGAGCACAGCGCGCCUGUUCCCCCAAGUCUCAGUGCUCUCUGGGCACGUCUCCUGUGCUGGACAGUGUUCUUGGUGCUAUAGGUGGGGUCAGCAGGUCUUUCUUCAUCCUGCAUGCAGGCAGAUGGCUUGAUGUGGUGCCACCGUGAACCAAAGCAGUGAAGCUUUGGAUGAUGAGAGCUUGCACCGGGGCAGCGGCAGUGAUGCCAGUACAGCUGCAGACCUGAGGCAUUUUCCUCCAAGCCACAUAAGGGCUGCUCAGCAGAGGAAAGCAAGUGGGAAAAGCAGUCUUGAUAUGAUGAGCCAUGACCUGCCCUAGUCCCUGGAGUCAAGUGCUAUCCCUGCCUGGGGCAGGAGGCUUGGGAAGGAGAGAGGUGUUUGAAAAGCUGAGGGGUGUUUCUAUACCCUGCUUCCAGUGUUGAAAGAAAAGCCAGACCUCGAAGUUGUAAAAGCAAGCACUGAAGCUUUGCAAGAGCAGCCUGUGCUUGUCCAUCUGCAGGUUGUAAAUCAGCAGCCCUCUCCUCCCUAACUCCACAAGGGCAAGUUGCUCAGCCCCGAGGCAGUGGUGUGCCUAGGGGUCAGGCAAGGCUGCUUUCCCCUCUGUGCAGUCCCCUGGAGCAGCUGAGCUGAACUGUGUGAUAAAGAGCUGCCCGUCUCCACGCAGUGGCAUCCCUGACGCCUCAGAUAUACUGCCCCGGUAGCGUCACAGACCUUUACUUUCUAAAAUGUAUGAUGUAUUAUUUCAGGAUAUUCAGAACACCUUAUCUGUCAGCAGCAGAGGUGACGCAUUAAUCUGGACUUGAGUAAUGUCCUAUUCAGUUGUGACAACAUGGAGUCAUAAGGAAGCGCUCCACCGAGACAGGUUCAUGUUUGCAAAGAAGUCUUCUGAAUCUUUCUUUCACUGCAUUCAAUCUCACCCUUCGAUGCGGUCCAGAGUAUCCCAGUUAGUGAAUGCUUGGGGCUGGUUCACAUUGCACUGCCUUCCCUCGAGACCACUUGAUGGGAAGGCAGUGGUGGCAGCAGCCGUGGCUGCAGGAGGGGCAGCCCAAGUGUGAUCCUGACCACGUUCUUCCUCAGCCCCACCUCUUGGAGUUGGAAACAAAGAGGUGGGUCUGGGCAGCACAGAGAGGGUUAAACUGACCUCGUCUCUGACAUAUUUGAAAGAAAUAUAAUCAAGUUAAUUCACUGCAAGGCAAAUUCAGUACCUAAAGGGCCUCCAUGUUAAAUACAGCACUGACCUUUACCGGCUGAUUACACAAAGACGACACAAUUAGAUUAGUCCAAGACAAAAGGUCAAGCACAUUCACACUGUGACCAUUUUAUGCUACCUUUUGAGGGGGGAAAAAAUUACCUCCCAGCUGGAGGGGUGUCAGGAUGGGGAGGGGAACGGGACCGCUGUGCCACGUUCUGCUUGGCUCAGGUAUGUUUGGGGUGUCAGGCAGGUUUGGGCACCACGCUUCCCUCUGCCUUCCCUGCAGUUCUGGGUGGUCAGGCAGUGAGGGGAACCAGCAGCCCAUGGCCCACAACCUGCUGUGAGCUGGCAGGAUUCACGCAGGUGUCUGCCACUACAGCGCUGGGUUAGCAGUGCCAGUAGUGCAGCUGUUUGUUGAGCAGGAGUUGCAGCACUGUUUGUUGGUGACACCCUGUCCCUUCCUGGGGCUGUUGCAGGGGUUUAAGCUGGCUGUGCCAACCUGGCUUGUGCUUUGCCACUGAGCUGCCUCAGGGGGAGUCGCAUAAUCUCCCUGCUUACAGAUUCCUCCAAGUUAGAGAACCCCUUUGUGCUGCCCAUCCAUGGCACUCCACAUGUUGUAUUAAGCAUGGAUUAGUUCAGUUCCGAGCCAGCUGCUCCCCCAGAGUCAGCUUUGGUUCCCUAGAGAGGAGUAUCUUGCUCCAGAUGUUGGAGGCAGCGAGUGGCAAAGCAAGGAACAGGACCGUGAGCCCCACGUCCCGUAUCCUGCCCCCAGGUGCUGGCAGGGCUGUGUGAAGGCACAUCAGAGUCCUGAGAUACAGGCUGUCAGCAGCUGCCCCAUCCGUCCCUCGUGGCAGUGCUGCCAUUGCUUUGUCCCCUUAGGAGCGAUGAUGUCCCGGUGUCCAUGGCCAGCAUGAAGCCCUGCAUUGUGCUGCCCGGCCACGGCCACCUCAUCCCUUCUGCGGCUGCCAUCCCCCCCUCCCAGGGGCUGCGGUGCCGGCGCUGACCAUUAAAGCCGAGCCAGGAUCCCCCCAGUGCUGACCCUGGUAGGACUGUGCUCGGGGCCUUCGGGAGGUGAAAGGUGAGCCGAACUCGGAACAAAUUAGUUCCAAGCAGAAGUUCAGCCAGUUACUCCAGAUUGGAUCCUUUGAUUUCCGCGACUCAGACUCCGCUCAGUGAUCUGUAAUGAGUGACUCUCAGAAAUGCUCACAUUGCAGCACUUUGUUCCCGAGCUCACAAGUCAGCCCAUUAAUGGGUAAAGGAAAAGACCUUGAGUCUAAGAAGUCUCGGGUUCAGAGUCAGAAUUAUUUGACUUUUAAGCUUCCUUUAUCUGAACUCCUGCUGACUUCUUGUUUUCUGAGCCUGUUUGAAAGCUAGAAGUUACAUUGUUAAGAUCAAACAUUCUCUCUUUCCAGAUGGAGUUACAAUAUCUGUCUUUUAUAUAUAUAUAUAUAUUUUAAUAUAUAUAUAUAGUGUAUAUAUACCAGGGUGUAUAUAUUCCACUCUUUUUGUUGUUGUUUAAUCGCUCUUUCCAUUAAAAGAAACUAGACUUGUAGGCUCUUGUAAAUUAUAAUGUAAAACAUUGUUUUUAACCAGACAGUUCCCAAUUUUGCUCGAGGCGACUGGAAUAGCAGCGCCACAGAAGGCAAUAGGAAGGUGAUUAAUAUGAAUUUGUGACAUAGUUGAAAGAUGGGUCUUUUGCCAUAUAAAGAUUAUCAAACACA